GUAGUGUAUAUGUAGGCUUGCUAUCACUAUCUGCUCUUGCGUUGGAACACAGGCAGGUGUCUCUGCAGCUGGUAUUUUACUUCUUGGACUUUCCUCUUGUGGCAUUCAGACACGAGAGCUUGGAAACUGCUCCAGUUUGGCACAGCUGAGAGGGACAGCUCGUAAAAACAAAACAUUAUUUUGGGAUUAAAUAUUUGCCUGAAAAUGGGAAAAUCUACCAGAAGGGAGAGAGAAAUAAAAAGACUCCUGUAGAAAUCAUCUGGGGGAAAGCAUACCUGCUUGUAGUGUAAGCAGAAAGAAUGGCAAGGCGAGGUCAUUGUGAUGUGUUUAUAGUCCAUGGAUGUGAUGCAAUACAGUGGUGCCAAUAUCUUAAGGAUCUCUUUAAAACAAGUGAUGAGCUCCAUAAUCUACAGACUGAAAGCUAUGAAAUAAAUGAGGAUCCACUAGAACAAGAAGAUUUUUUAAAAUUCCAAAACAGCAAAUGUAUAGUGAUUCUCUUAUCCGGAGACCUGGCAGAAAGUUUUAACAACCAACUUGUCCUGACUGACUUGCAAAGAGUUCUGAGCCCCACAAAAAAAAUAGUUGUUCUGUUUUGUGGAGUAACUGAUGAUGAGGAUUUGUCUUGGUCUUUUAAAGACUGGUCACAAUGGACGAAGCUUUCCUGCGAUGAUGACUCUGAACUGUAUAUAAAAGCAGUAACAGAGAAAAUUUAUCUUGAUCAUGAACAACGUGAAAACAUUUCUCUCACUUCUUCCUGGAACGCUGGCAGAAAGGACAUAAGACAAAAACAUAAAGAUUCUGGGUUUGAUUCCGUCACAGAUUCAGAAGAUGAUAAGGCUAAAAGAAGCCAUGCACUUCAAGCUGAAAAGCUCCAACCAACUUCAUUCCAGGAAAGCCACAGAAAUCUGGUAUCUGUACAACCAGAGAGGAUCCGCUGUGGGAUGAAAACGCAAAUUUAUUUAAUUUUUAAAUGUAAACUUGAUUGCUGUGUUAAAAAUGAAGUUUAUUUUAAUCCUCAAAAUGGACAAUCCAUUCGACUACAUGCAACUUUACAAAAUGAAUAUAUUCUAACUGUGGAAGCCCCUGAUUUACCGGCUGGACUAGUAUUUCUAAAUGUUUUCUCUGGAGAUUUACAAAUAUGUGAGGCGAAAAUAAGUUAUUACACUGACAUGGAGGAGUUAAGUUACUUGCUAGGAAAUGCCACAAGUCCAGUUGAAUUCAUGUGUCAGGCAUUUAAAAUCGUGCCCUAUAACAUAGACGUAUUGGACAAGCUUCUGACAGAAUCAUUAAAGAACAACAUUCCAGCAAGCGGGCUACAUUUGUUCGGCAUUAAUCAAAUUGAAGAGGAAAAUGUAAGCGCAAUUCAAAGAGAUGAAGAAUUACCAACUCUUCUUCAUUUUUCUGCAAAAUACGGGCUAAAAAAUUUGACUGCUCUUCUUCUUACCUGUCCCGGAGCCCUGCAGGCAUAUAGUGUGUCAAAUAAAAAUGGAGAUUUUCCAAAUAAUAUGGCAGAGAAAUAUGGCUUUAAAGAUCUGCGGCAGUUUAUCGACGAAUACGUUGAAACUGCUGAUAUGUUGAGGACACAUAUCAAAGAGGAAUUGGGAGAAGAUGACGAUGACUCUACAUAUUUGUCCAUGGCCAACAUCAACACUGAUCUGUUAAUGAAGUGCUCUCUGAAUCCAGGCUGUGAUGAUGAUCUGUAUGAAUCAAUGGCUGGCAUGGGGCUUGAAGAAGAGAUCUAUGUCGAUAUGCAAACUAAAUCGGCUCAUGAAUGUCCAGAACACGUUUUAACCGCUAAAGAUUCAGUAAUACGUAAAAUUUUGGAAGGAGGCAACUUGGAUUUAACAAAUGAAGAUGAAGACCAUUACUAUCGGUGCAGGCCAGAUGAUGUAUAUGAUACAGUGGAGGACACCACUUCUUGCAAUGAUCCUGUAUGCAGGCCUCCACUUCCCAUUCCAAGACCUAACCAACCUGCAGAAACAAAACCGUACAUUUCUCAGGUAUUCGGAGAAAAAGAACAAGAAAGAAGUGAAAAUAUUUAUGUAACUGAAUAUCGCAUGGCUAGAGGUGCAAGUGUGAAGCUUGGAAGAGACCGGCCACAAUCGAGUGUGUAUGAUCCAUUUGGUGGCAUGAAAACCCCCGGUCAGCGAGAGUUAAUAACACUGCAGGAGCGAGUAAAAUGUGGGAUGAUCUCUGUGGAGGAAGCUGUUCAACAGUUCAAAGAAUGGCAAUUACAUCAGAAGAAAAGGUCUGACUCGUUUAGAUUUCAGCAGGAAAAUCUGAAAAAGUUACGGGACAGUAUAAACCGCAGAAGAAAUGAAAAUAAAAAAAAGAAGUCCCCAGGGUUGAACAUCACUGAGCCCAUUCGACGUGGCAAGAACACUGAAAAAAGCAUACAAUAUGGUAUUUAUAAUCCAGGUGCUAUGAUGUAUGCUCCACCAAAAAGAGAUAUCUCUCGAGGGAACUGGAAGAGGGACAGCAGCUCCAGUACUGCAAGCAGUGGAAGCAACCGAUCUAGCACCAGAAGCACAAUGAGCACAAGCAGUGGCAUGGAAGGUGAUAGUGAGGAUAAUGAAUAUGGGGACACUCUCUUACAGCAUAGCCCUAUGCAGUCUGUACAAGAAGAAACGCCACCACCCAGGCCACCACCCAGACCACCCAGAAUUCCAAACAGAAGGCCAAUUCCUGCUCCUCCAGGCACAAACACUUACUAUCCACCUCCUGUGCCACCUAGAGGUCGAUGAUAUGUUCUGCUCCACAAGUGACAUCAAUACUUGACAUUAUUUAAAAUCCUUUGACAAUGACUUGCUCUCACUUUCGGUGAAGACUGUACUCUCUACACUCACGUAAAAUAGGAGAGGUAAAUCAGCCUGGAAGUGCAGAAUUAAUAAACAAAUGGAGCAGUUUCCAGAAUGAAGACUACCAAUCAUCAAAUGAAAUCUGGAGCAAGACUGACUACAAGAUGCCAAUAAGAAGGGACUUACAUGGGUCUUGGGCUCUUAAGAGUAACAAUAAUUGCUCUAUAUGAGGAAUAUUAUGUCCAAAGUAAUAUGAUUUUUUACACUAUUUCUUGCUUUACUUACCCUUGUGUGAUACUAAAGCAUAUAUAGAACAUAUAUAGAACAGCAUAAACAUUCAUUCUCUGUAAGGUGAACAAGGAAGGAAUGUUCUAAAGUGA